AUGCAGACUUCAAAUGCUAUUCAAGCUGCUGUCAAAAAUAAUUCGAAUUUUUCCACCCCAAGUAAGGAAAGGCGUCUUCCAUUUAGAAAACCACCUAGUGUUUUUGUUGCUGGUGGAAUUGUUUCUUCGCUUUGUAGAGAGGGUCAUUCUCUGAACUCUUGUAGUAAGUUUCUCGCAAAAAGUCCACAUUCAAGAUUUAGUUUUAUUAAAAGUAGGCAUUUGUGCUUAAUCUGUUUUGGAACCCACGGUGUCAAAGACUGCACAGUUACACAGGUAUGUGGGUGUGCUUAUCGUCAUAAUAAGCUGUUGCAUUUUUCGAAAAGCAGUGUAAAUGGCAAUUCAACUGCGCCUUCGGGGCAACCUCCAUCACUUUCAGCCAGCGAGCAAAAUGAAAGUGAAUCUGACAGCUAUAGUGGAGCUCUUCCCGUGGUCACAUCUUUGGUUUGGUCUACCGACGCAGUCCCGAUUUUUCCUACAGCCAUCAUUAAAAUUAAAAAUUCGGGUGGUAUUUUUUUGCCGAUUCGGGUCCUACUUGAUUCUGCCUCAGCCGCCAACUUCAUUUCGGAAGGUUGUUUGAGGCGUCUUGGGUUGCCUCGAGAGAAAUGUGAAAUGCAGAUUGCAGGAAUUGGUAAUAGCGGAUAUGUAACUGCAAGAGAAGUUGCAGAAUGUAUUGUGACGCCUCAAUUUUGCCCAGAACCAAGGUUGUCGUUGAAGGUUUUAGUCCUUCCCGAAAUUUGCUGUCAACUGCCACUUCAUCCAGUUAAGAUUCCUGAUAAGUCAUAUUUCGAUGGCCUUGAACUUGCUGAUACUGAAUUUUGGAAAAGUCGUGGCAUAGACAUGCUAAUAGGCGUGGCUGAAUUUGGUUCCAUUAAGAAAGGUAAUACGAUUACUUCGCCAGACUUGAAUGGGCCCGUGUUUAUGGAAACUAUUUUUGGUUGGGUCGCUCUGGGAAAAUCCAAAAUUUCUAAUAAAAUUCGUAAAAAAGACGCUUUUUGGCGACUUAUUGUUCCACCACUUUGGAGUAUUUGGAUGAAAAUAUCAAGAGACUGUGGGAAGUCGAAAGCGUUCCUAAUAAAAUAG